GAGAGAAAGAAAAGAAAAGAAAAGGAAAGAAAGAAAGAGAGAGAAGGUGUGUGGAAUUUUCUUUAGAGGACCAAGGAAUCUCCUCAAGGAGCGUCUGCUAGGAGGUGCUUUUCUUUUUUCCCUUCAUAUCUUUUCCCCUCUGAAGAGAGAGAUUCCCUUGGUUUUCCUUUUCCCUUCUUCUUUCUCUUGACUUCUUUCCCAAACAUCUAUUGUUUUUUCCUUCUAUAUCUACAUCUACAUCCCGAUAAUUCAGAUCUAAAUCAAAAAACAAACAGAAAAAUGGCGGAAGAGCAUCGAUGCCAAGCACCAAAGCUAUGCGCGAACAACUGUGGAUUUUUCGGGAGUCCGGCGACGCAAAAUCUCUGUUCCAAAUGUUACCGAGAUUUGCAGCUCACGGAGCAGCAAUCCUCUUCGGCUAAGCUCGCUCUCAACCAAUCCCUCGUCGCCACGUCGUCGUCGUCAUCCUCAUCAUCAACAGCCGACGUUACUAUAUCUUCCUCACCUCCGUCUCCUCCUCCGGUUUUCGUCGUUAAAGAGACCGAAUCGAAGCCGGAUGAGUCGGUUACGGUUACUACGGCGGCGGUGGCGGUGGCGAACAGGUGCUUGACGUGCAGGAGGCGCGUGGGGCUCACGGGGUUCAAGUGCAAGUGCGGAAUGACGUUCUGCGGGACCCACAGGUACCCGGAGCACCACGGUUGCACCUUCGAUUUCAAAGAGAUGGGAAGAGAGCAGAUCGCCAAAGCCAAUCCCGUCGUCAAGGCCGAGAAGCUCGACAAGAUCUGAGAUCAGAUCUCUCAUCACCGUCAAAUGGGGGGUAAUUUGGUAAUUUCAAGUUUGACCCCGCCAGCUCUCUAUUUCUUUGUGAUAAAAAAAAAAAAAAAGUCCCCGCGGGGUUGUUAAAAAAAAAAUUGGAAUGGGUCAUGGGUGUUAGUUUGCGGGCCGCCCGGGUGAGUGGGUGGGUGGGUGGGGCAUGAUGAUGGGUCAGGGGUUGUGCAUAUUGUUGUUGUUGCUGUUAUUUCUUAUUUAAGUCCUUGUUGUUGUCAUUUAAUGCGUGUACAUUUCUAAUAAUUAUAGCUAUUAUUUUUAACUUUUUCA